AUGGAGACGUAUCACGGGCACGUCCGCACUCCUGCGGACGCUAUCAUUCUAUUUGAGGCUUGCCGGAUUGGUCUCUUACCCCGCGUGCAAAGGCGACUCUCAGAAAAAGAACGACAAUCCAUACGAUCUGGUUCAGUCUUUGUAUGGGAUGAGCGAGAAGCGGGAAUGCGCCGAUGGACUGAUGGGAAGUCAUGGAGUGCUAGCCGUGUCUCUGGUAGUUUCUUGACUUACCGCGAAAUGGAAGGCAAGCGUGGAGGUGGCAGUACCACCCAAGCCACUGUAUCCCGAGGAGGCAAGACACCAGAGAGUCGGGGCAGUGACGAUGACCGCGAUGGAACGGACGAGGGACCUGAUGGGUACCGCUACAAACCAGAUGGCUUGAUGAAGCAGUCUUUCAGUAUCACGACAUCCAACGGUCAACACUUGCACCUGAUUAGCUAUUACUCACGAUCUCAUCCUUCUGCCGCCAACCUACAACAACCAACUUCCGAUCCUGCGCUGCGCCACGUUCGCCCCCAGAAAGGACUAUAUCCCGAGUCAACCGUCAAUGAUCAGCAAAAUCUUCCCGUUGUCACCCGCGGUCCCAUGGCAGGCGCUGCAUAUCCCAUCACUCCUCACCCCCUCGGCGCUUAUCCGCGCGCCACGCAUCCGCAGCCAUAUCCGGGAGCGUAUGCUUGGCCGCCCACCCCUCUAGCCACACCACCGACUGUCUCCGUUCAAUAUGGCCCGGGUCCUUCUUAUCUUCCUCCGGUAGCCGCCAACGGACAUCAUCAUUAUGGCCCGCCACACCAUCAACCGCCACACCAUCAGCCACCAUCCCACCAACAUUCAGGUGGACUCCCUCCCCCUCUCCACACCAUGUCAGGCCCAUAUGACCGCCCCCCUCAUAUGGAAUCAACAUUGCCUCCAGCUGGACCACCACCGCACCAGCCAAGCUACAUGAACCGUUCCCCGCGAUCAUUACAUGACCACGCCCACGAGCAACGGAGCCCACCCGGUUAUGGACACCCUCUGGGCGAUCCUCGUAUGGCAUCACCGCGUGUGCCAGGACAGUCCUUGGCGCAGCCAAAUGGACAUGCACACAGCCCUCACCUGACAAAACAGGAAAAUAACGCCCAGUUCCACUCUCUCAAUCCCAUCGCUGCCUCACCAAAGCUUUCUGAUUCUGCAAGUGCUGGAAAUGGUGUCCCCGGCAUCAACUCAUUGAUGAACGGUGCCUCAUUAGCUCCUCUGUCUUCCUCGACUGCUUCACCUGGUGCUCCCGCGAGCUCGAACGGAGCGCCUGCACCGGCAGCUGGACCACGGGAUAUUCCCAAUGAGAAGAUCGGGUUUGGGGGCGAGGAUACCAGAGCAUUGCGCCAACUGGAUCGCGCAUUUAUUGCAUGA